UUCUCGUUUACACACCACCACAUCACACGGAAAAAACCUUAUCCUCUCGUAGCCAAAUCAUCUCAAGCAAUGAAGACCGCCUUGCUUGCCCUCUUCCUUGUCUUCGCCUUCACCUCAGCCCAAGCUGAUUUGGUGAUUGACACUGAAGGCAACCCCGUCAGAAAUGGCGGUCAAUACUACAUCCUCCCAGCUCUCAUGGGAAACGGCGGUGGCAUCGGCCUCGCCGCUACCGGAGGGGAAUCUUGCCCCAUUACUGUUGUCCAGACCCCCUCUGAACAAUCCAACGGUUUACCCACCAGACUUUCAUCUCCAUACAGAAUCGCACAUCUCCACACAAAUCUCAGGGUAGACUUCACGGUCGUUGCACCCCCAAAAUGUGCCCAGACACCGGCGAAAUGGACGAUUGUGGGCAUAGAAGAUGAGAGAAGGGAAGUGAAACUUGCCGGGCAGCAAAACACCGUGCGUGGUUCGUUUAAAAUUCGGACCCAUCAUGGUACGACGUAUAAGAUGGUGUUCUGUCCCAGCGAUGAGGAAUAUUCUUGUCAUGCUCUUGGGAUUUCCAGGGAUGAGAAAGGAAACAGGCGUUUGGUUGUUGAUGAUAACAACCCUUUAGUUGUUGUGUUUCACAGAGCUGGAUCAUCCAUCUGCUGAAUGAAAGAGCUUACUCUAUCGAAAUGGUGAUGAAGCAACAACUUGUUGCAAGCAGUUUAUAUAACUCCUUGCACUUAUCAAAUAAUAUAUGAAAUAAUGCUUCAUGUGCCUUACUUUUCCCCUUGUGUAUCUGAGGUCUAAAAUAAAUAAAACUAUAUAUCUCAAGAGGCUUACCCUCUUC